AUGUCGAUCAGUUCUUGGAUGCAGGACAUUGAUCAAGUCAGUCUGUCGCUGACCUGUCACGGACUAUUUGACACUUUCAAAGCAUCAAGCUUUCUCUUUGGUCACCGCCUCAACCAAAGUCUUCAUUCUGGGAUCACUCCAUCAUCGGUCACCUCGUUGAAGUUAAGUCCCGGCUUCAACCAACCUCUACUCGCGGGACAUAUUCCAUUGUCAGUCACUUCGUUGACCUUUGGUAUCAGGUUUAACCAACCUCUGCUCGCUGGACACAUUCCAUCGUCGGUCACCUCGUUGGACAUUGGUCACAAUUUCAAUCAACCUCUGCUCGCUGGACACAUUCCAGCAUCGGUCACUUCAUUGACUUUCGGACUCUUCAACCAGCCUCUGCUUGCUGAUCAUAUUCCAUCGUCAGUCACCUCGUUGAUCUUUGGUAGCUUCAAUCAACCACUGCUCGCUGGUCAUAUUCCAUCGUCAGUCACCUCGUUGCUCUUUGGUAGCUUCAAUCAACCACUGCUCGCUGGUCAUAUUCCAUCGUCAGUCACCUCGUUGCUCUUUCGAACUUUCAACCAACCUCUGCUCGCAGGACACAUUCCAUCAUCAGUCACCUCGUUAACCUUUGAAACCAUUUUCAAUCAACCUCUGCUCGCAGGUCACAUUCCAGCAUCAGUAACCUCGUUGACCUUUAGUCUAUUCUUCAAUCAGCCUCUCCUCGAGGGGCAUAUCCCUGAGCGAGUCAAAUCACUGAGCUUUGGUUUACAUUUCAAUCAGCCUCUGCUGACCGGACACGUUCCAGCAUCAGUCACCUCGUUGACCUUUAGCCACCACUUCAAUCAAGCUCUGUUCGCGGGACAUAUCCCACCGUCGGUCACCUCAUUGGUACUUGGCUAUUACUUCAACAAGCCUCUGCUCGCAGGACACAUCCCAACGUCUGUCAAAUCGCUGACCUUUAGCUCCCAGUUCGAUCAGACUCUGCUCGCAGGACACAUUCCAUCGUCGGUCACCUCUUUGGAUCUUGGAUGUUGUGCCAAGUACAGGCAACCUCUCCACAAUGGACACAUUCCCACGUCGGUAACAUCGUUGACCUUGGGUGACAUGUCCAGGAAGCCCAAGCUGUCAGCCCAAGGUGUAGUGGAGUACCUCCAGCACAUGUUCUCAGACCAAAGCAGUCGCUUCCACAUUGCCAAUCUCACCAUCCACUUUGAUGUCUUUCACUGUAGCAACCGUCUUCCCGUCAAUGCAUCAUCAAUCUCAUCGCUCUGCUUUAUCUUCCAGUUCACUUCGACGCUCGUCAUUGACCAAACACCGCUAUGUGGUACUGUGAGCAAGAUGUUUGCCAGGCUGAUCGAUACGCACAAUGUCCUCCUCUUAAAGGACACUCGCUUUGGUUUGACCAAGCUUUAA